GUGAAGGUUAGCUUCUGGGCUAAGUUGAGGCUAGCCUAAAAAGUUUUGUUUUAUAGUAGAAAAUGUUUAAACAAACGAUACAGAUAUUCGGUCGAAUUAAGCCCACGAAUAAAACUGCGGCGGUGUACUCUGUGAACCACAAGGAGGAAACAGGUGCCUCUCUCGAGUUUUUGGUGCCCAGGGACCUGGCUGAUGGCAUUAUUAAUCACAAGAGGGAAAACUACAAGUUCAGGUUCCGAAAAGUGUUUGAACAGCACAUUAAACAAGAUGUGAUCUUUGACGAAAUUGCCAAACCAGUUGCAGAAAGUGUACUGGCUGGCUACAAUGGCACCAUAUUUGCUUAUGGUCAGACGGGAAGUGGGAAAACUUUCACCAUCACUGGAGGAGCUGAGCACUAUGCAGAUCGUGGUAUUAUACCUCGCAUUCUGUCCUACCUGUACGAACGCUUCAACCAGGAGAGCAGUGUGAUGUACACCAUGCACAUCUCCUACCUGGAGAUUUACAACGAGGUGGGAUAUGACCUUCUGGAUUCCCGAUGUGAGGCGUCGCGACUGGAGGACCUACCGAAAGUGAUGAUUAUGGAAGAUACAGAACAGAACAUCCAUCUCAAGAAUUUGUCUAUGCAGCAGUCUGGUAACGUAGAGGAGGCUCUCAAUCUGCUCUUCCUGGGUGACACCAAUCGUAUGAUUGCUGAAACCCCUAUGAACCAGGCCUCCACUCGUUCGCACUGUGUUUUCACCAUACAUCUGUGCAGGCGUGAACCUGGCUCAGCUACCCUGCGCCGGUCCAAACUGCACUUGGUGGACCUGGCCGGGUCAGAUCGAGUCAGUAAGACAGGCCUGGAUGGGCAGCUACUCACUGAGGCCAAGUACAUCAACCUGUCACUCCACUAUCUAGAGCAGGUGAUAAUAGCAUUGUCAGAGAAGAAUCGUUCCCAUAUUCCAUACAGAAACUCCAUGUUAACAUCAGUGCUGAGGGACAGCCUUGGGGGCAACUGCAUGACCACCAUGAUCGCCACCAUGGCAGUCGACAAACGGAAUCUAGAUGAGUCAAUCUCUACUUGCCGCUUUGCUCAGCGCGUGGCGCUCAUCAAGAACGUGGCCAUAUUGAACGAAGAAUUGGAUCCUACACUGCUUAUUGCCCGUUUGAGAAGAGAGAUCCAGUUCCUGAAUGAAGAGCUGGCAAUGGUGACAGGAGAGCAGAGACAGGAGCAGCUAACUGCAGAGGAGAUACAAAAGUUGGAUGAGUUAGUCAAAGCCUUUCUGAAUGAUAAAGAUCCAGAUGUGACUCUCUCCCUGGGACCUGACAUGAGAAAGAUACAGCACUGUUUCUUCCUGAUGAAGUCAAUGAUUUUGGACAAAAAAGGUGCCAAAACUGGACGCAGUGAUCAACAACUGUUACCAACAGGAAGUAGAGAGUACUCCCAAAUCAGCAAUUCCAGUUCAGCAGCAGAACUGACUAAACUGAAUGAAAUGCUUAAACAACGUGACGAUGAGAUCAGUAUCCUUGUGAAAACACUGAAGAAAGAAAAGGAAAGAGCAGAUGAUGCCAUCGCACGGCUUGCUUACAUUACUGAUGCCGAAGUGCUGCCCUCGUUGAAGUUCUCGAGCACACAGCCUGUUUCACAGCCUAAAGAAACAAAGAUGGAGACAUUUUUCAAAAACUGUGGAAGACAAGGAUUCACAAGGCUUCACUUGAGGAGAGGAAAUAAAACUUCAACAAGAGACCAUAGUGAAAAAAUGUUUAGAAUGCCACAGUUUAGAGUAAGAAAGGCUGACAACUCUGCCACAGGCCAUGCAUGUCAACCAUAUCCAGUGCGUCAGAAUAAUGAAGGAAAUAAUGAAACCUUUACAGAGGAUCAUAGCAGAGAGGUUUCCACAGCGCCGCAGUUGGAAGAGCAAAAUGUGGACACCUUACCAACAAACCAAAGAGAAGAAGUGUGCACAGGCCGUUGGUUUAGUGAAGGAAACCCGAACAGCUUUGGAGUGGACCGGGAAGGCCAAGCAUCAACAGCAGUUCAGUUAAAAGUGGAAAACAUGGUAACUCUGCCGGCAGAGGACCAAAAAGUGUCCACAAUGCCACAGUUUAGAGAAGAAAACAUGGAAACGGUUCCGGUGGGACGAGGACGAGCUGGGCAGUAUAUGAAAAUAGGUUCAAAGUUGUCAAUGGGAAAACAGGAAGCAUUUGAAAUAUUCAUAAGAGAUCACGAGGAACAUCAAACCAUUGAAGAGAAUACGAAUAUAUUCAAAGAAAGAUCAGAUGAGGCCAGAAGGCUUGGAGAACAACUAAAGGAAGGCAGAAAUAGAAUCACUGAAUUGAAGAAGCAGUUGCAGACACGAAGGAGACAAAGAGCAGCUCAUGCUGUGACAGGAAAUGAUACACAGGACAAGGAGGAGAACGACCCCCUGGAAGAAAGCCUCUGCAACCAAGUUAAGCAAGAGAAAGUGAUCUACAACAACAACCUUGGCCACCUACAGGCUCUGAGGACAGAGACUGAGCAUCUGCAGCUGUUGAUAGACAGGGUGAAGGUCAAGAUUCGGAAGGAUUUCCAGACGUGGUGGAGUCAGGAGGCUUUGAAUCUACAGGAAUCUGAGUCGGAGCAUGAAACCAGUUAUAGCUCUGCAUCUCAAAAUGAAACCUUGCAACCAUCUUCACCUGGCACUCCAGGAUUUUGUGCUCCUGAUCUAAGCAGCACAAUGAAGGAGUCUCCAUCAAAGCAGGACACAAAUCUGGACAAUUCAGUCUCUUCUGCUCCUGAUCUGAGCUAUCUUGCACCCAUAGACAAACUUCCAGCACCAGUUUGGUCAGCCUGGAACAAGUCCCAAGAGGAGAGUAAGAAUUCAUACUGGAGGGACCUUUCCACAACAACCCUCACGUCUUCUUCCAUUCCACUGACUGGAGAUCAGGAAGUUGAUUCUAACAUCCUGGCCUUUGUUAUGGCCCGGAAAAAUCUCCUCAGCAGGAUAGGCCCCCAUAAAGAUGGGAAGUUCUAACGAGGAGCCAUAUCAUCACUUCCAGGCAAACGAAUGGUCUGGGAAUUUGUAUUGCCACAGACCACUCAUGCUUUCUUAUUCUGGACAGCAGCAUAAACCACAGACUAUGUCUUAACGUUUGAUGUAAACCCUUUUACUAGUAAAACAACAGAGAAAAGACAUAAGAAUAACCAGAAAAGAGCCGCAGUAUUUGUUGAAAUCUUGUGAAACUUUUUAAUUGGUGACAUGUUUCAACAUUUAGAAAGAAGUGCUUUUUAUAUUUCCAGCUGAGUUUGCUCUAUUAAUUUUUAUGUAAAUUAAUAUAAAACUAUGGGACGUAGUGUGAAUAAUAAAGCUCUUUAUUGCUUUGCCCAAACAAUUAAGGCAAAAUGCAACUGUGAGAUCCUGAUAUGCUUGAGCCAUCACUUCAUUGUGCUGGCUCUAGGAAACAAUUCGCUUCCGAGGUACAAAGUUUUUAUUUUUUGUAGGUUCGUCCUUAAAGAAAAAUACUUUUACGAUGCUACAAAUGGCACCUGUGCUAUGUGUUGACUUUUUUAUCCUAUUUUCUUGUUGAGCUCACCAGGACAGUUAUCUAGCAAAUUUUUCUCUGUUAAUCUCAAAUGGGAUCUUCUGUGUAAGAGCAAGUAAAGAAACGUAAAGAAAAUUCAGGAAGACAGUCCAUUACUAGGUAAAUUUAUUCUUAAAUUCUGGGAAAAGCUUGAGUCCAUUGUACAAAAACAAGCAACCGGUUCUGUCCUUCUGACCUUUGCAGCUGUUCUGCUUAAAGCCAUAGGGAAGAAGAUCCAACCAGCCACUGGGAACCACCUAUGCCUUUCAAACAACUUGUCAACAUUUUGCAUUGCUUUGCAUUAAUUUGUUUGAUGGAUGACAAGAAGUUGCACACUUUGCAUUCAGUUCUGGGCUCUGUCGUUGCCUUGGAUAUUUCUCCAAGACAACUCACCCUUUAAAGUCAUAUCUGUUACAUCUCAUUGCCAUGACGUUAACUCCUUUUCCACAACUGCAGGAAAUGUUUUAAGAUCUGUUUAAAGGUAAUAUGGAAUAGUAGAAAUCCAUUCAUCCAUUAGCUAGAGGCUAGAAGGCGGGGUACAAAAUUCAGUUUCUGGACAGAAACAGAAUUUUAUUUAGUUCACAUUACAGUAUAGGGGAUUCAAUUCUGUUCCAGAAUUUGUUCAAUUCAUAUAUUUAAAAUAUAAACCAUUAUGUAUAUAUACAACCAAUCACAUCCAUGCAUACUGACCAGCCAUAGCAGCAGUUUCAUUUUCAUCUUAAUUAUUAGAUGUUAACUCACAGUCGCUAUUGCAAUAAGAAUGUGUGCAAUAUCGCAAUCAUAAAUUACCUAAUGGAUUGAAUAUUUAUUGGGCUAUAAGACUUAAGGCACCAUGCAUUAAAAUUUUGCCUGAUGAUAAUAUCUUUAACCAUUUGCAUUUCUUUUUACUUUUAAUGCCUAUAACGAAUAUAGAUAUUUGUGACUGUUAUCAGAAAGCUUAUGGAUAGUGAUAUAUGCAUUGUGAUGAUGCAAAAUAAAAAGAAUUGUAAGAUAAA